GUUUUGGUUUAACUGUCUUAAUAGGCAUUAAAGGUCCCAAAGUCAUUGAUGCUCAUUCAGAGGCACCUCUGUCAGGCAAUGGUCUGGAGGUAAGAAAAUUUAAUUUAAGUUCACAGCCAUUAUCUACUUACAAUCAACAGUUGUGGCUAACAUGUGUAAUGCAGAUGGAUCGACAUGAUAACUUGAAAGGCAUGACAGUGAACUUUAAUAUGCUGGUUAGAAUAAAUGGUGUAAUAGAGAAUGCGAGCAUAAAAUACUUCAAUAAGGAAGUUCACAACCGGACAAGAACUCUCUACUGUGCACAACAAUGUGCUGAAAUUAUUGUAGUUCACCUUGGCUACCUGAACUACACUCGCUAUGAUAUCAAUGUUGCCUUCGAGAACCUUCCUCCGAUCUACCAUGUCAAGAACUUCACAUGGAAAACCUAUAAUCCAGCCUUCUCACAAGUGGAAAUCUGGUUCCGAUUUGUUUUUGUAGUUCUCACAUUCAUUGUCACAUGUCUCUUUGCACAUUCCCUGAGGAAGUUUUCCAUGAGAGAUUGGGGAAUAGAGCAGAAAUGGAUGUCUAUCCUCCUUCCCUUACUAUUACUUUAUAAUGAUCCAUUUUUCCCUCUCUCAUUCCUAAUUAACAGCUGGUUCCCUGGAAUGCUAGAUGACCUCUUUCAGUCAUUGUUCUUGUGUUCAUUGCUGCUGUUCUGGCUCUGUGUCUACCACGGGAUCCGAGUGCAGGGAGAAAGGAGGUGCUUAACAUUUUAUUUCCCAAAGCUCCUUAUUGUUGGUCUUCUAUGGUUGGCUUCUGUUACAUUAGGAAUAUGGCAGACAGUCAAUGAACUCCAUGACCCAACAUAUCAGUAUGGGAUUGAUGCAAGUAAUUUUCAGGGAAUGAAAAUCUUUUUCCUUGUGGUGGCAACUGUGUACAUUUUGUACCUCAUGUUUCUGAUAAUCAGGGCAUGCUCUGAACUUCGUAACAUGCCUUAUGUUGAUCUCAGGCUAAAAUUCUUGACUGCAUUGACAUUUGUGGUGCUUGUAAUUAGCAUUGCUAUACUGUAUCUGCGAUUUGGAGCACAAGUUUUGCAGGACAACUUUGUGGCUGAACUUUCAACUCAUUAUCAUAACUCUGCAGAGUUCUUGUCAUUCUAUGGCUUAUUGAACUUUUAUCUCUACACAUUAGCCUUUGUGUAUUCACCAUCAAAAAAUGCUCUUUACGAAUCUCAGUUGAAAGACAAUCCUGCCUUUUCCAUGCUGAAUGACUCUGAUGAUGAUGUGAUUUAUGGGAGUGAUUAUGAGGAAAUGCCACUUCAGAAUGGCCAAGCCAUCAGAGCAAAAUUCAAGGAAGAAUCGGACAGUGAUUAAGUGUGUGUAGUACACUAUAACUGUGUAAUGUAAGAACAGAGUGAUUGUGACUUUUCCACAUUUUUCUCCCAUGUUUACUGAUGAUUGAGCAUAUCCUUUUGUGGAAGGAUUUCCAAAUUCUCCAUUUCUGUUUGCCAAACCUAAAUCUAAAGGGGAAAAUCAUGUUUGGAAGAGAUUUAUUUAAAAACGACUACUAUGAACAUUGAAAAUACUUGUGACUGGAUGUUUCCUGAACAGGUUGCUACAUCAAAGAUGCUCCAGAGAUUUUAAUUCAUUGUGAAUUGUAUCCCAAUAUUAAUCAGCUCCAAAGAAAUUUAUUUUGACUUUUGCAAACUAUAUUUUGGUGUGGGAGAAUUAGCUGUUGGGCCAUAUUUUUUUAUCUCAAAUCUAGUCAAAGAUUGUACUUCUUUGCCUUGGCAAACCUCAGUAUCCGUAAACAAAAAUCGUGUAAUACUUUUUGUUUAACAAAUGUAAUAGAAAACAAUGUGCAAGCUUUCAAGUUCUUUAGAAUUCUUCAUCAGUUGAGUUGAGAGUUCUGGAGAACUUGGAAACUUGCACACUGUACUUUGUUACCUAUUAUUAGGACCAGCAGAAGUAUUGCAUUUGUGGAUUUUCUUUGGAUUGGUAUGACCACCUAAUGUUGCAGUUGCUGUGUUUCCAUUUCAUGGAUGAAGAGGAACAAUCAUGCUUAUGUUUCAAUCUGUACUUGAGUUCAUCAAAUGAAGGUGUUCAGUGAGGUUGCCUACUUUUUGUUAGGCACAAUUCCUUUUGUUAUCAAUGUAAUUGCAUUGGGGCAAAAUAAUUAUGUAGAAAUAUCCCAAGACCAUAUUUAAAUGGUUAGAUUACACAUGUCAAUGAAAAGCACACCAUUGUACCUCAUCAGCUUCUGAUUAAUCUAAAUAAUUUAACACUGACUUUCUUAUAAAAGGUUGCAAUCUCUCCCUCCCCCCUUAAGCACUCCAGAUCAGCUUUCUAAAGGAGAAUAUUUUGAAUAGUUUGAUAGUUCAGGAUGGGUAGCCAUGUUAAACUGUAGCAGCAAAAUAAAAAAGGAGUCUAGUGGCACCUUUGGGGUUAACUUACAUGUAAUGAUGAACUCUUGACUCAUGGGCACUUUUGAUAAGUCCAAGGUGCCACUAAUCUGGUCUUUAAUAACCAGAAAAAUAGAAAUGACCACAUACGGUAACACACCACGCACUCAUGAUCACAUGCAUGAGUGGGCUGUGGACAUGUACCUGGGUAGGUUGUUCCACACAAUUGUGGAUCUGUGUCUUGUUUCUUUCUCUCUCCCCCGCCCCCCCCCCCGUAUUUUACAACUUUGGGAUCUUGCCAAAUUAACCAUGAAUUGGAUUCAGUGAUCUGUUAAUGGAAUGUGCUUUUCCUUGUCCCCAGGAUGUGGUAUCUGCAUAAAUGAAUAACUUUUUUUUAAAUUUAAUAAGCCUUUAUUUGGCAUAACAAUAAUCAUAACACAAUAAAAAACCUGAGAUAAAAGGUACACAAAUACAAAGGUUUAAAUGAAUAACCAUACAGAGUGAAGGGGCUGGACUAAGGAAGAGGAAGCGGCGAAAGCAACUCGCCCUCUUGCUUCCAUUUUCAGUCAGUGCAUCUCUGUUGAUAAAAGAGACAGGAGGAGUGACGUUUCCUCUUUCCCCUCCUUAGCACAACCCACUAACCCCCAUGGUUAUUAUUAGUCUAUGCAGAUCGUGGAAACUAAGAAUCAACUUUCUCCAGGUUGGAAAAGACUGCUGGCAGUGAAGGAAGCAAUAUGCAUCUCUCAGUGCCUCUCACUGAUGGAUCACUGGUCCAACUCACAUUGAUCUGGCCAGGAUCUAAAUGCAUUUUGCUAGGCCAACUGAAUGUUUGCAGGAUAGAGUGAGAGCUCCCCAGAAUGCCCCCCUUGACUCCAGCAUGGGCAUUUGUGGUGGUGGCAAGUUGCCCCAGAGCCCAGCUUCUGGUUUGGAAGCUGUGGUGGCCGACUGCUAAGGCAAGUCCCCCUGUGCCAGUGUUUGUGCCAAUUUGUACACUACUGGCGGCACGGAUGCCAGCGCAACCCUUUCACUACUUCCAAUGGGUCUUAGUAUCCCCCUCCCUUUUGGACUGCACAAUAAGUCAGCAUAACUUCAAAUCAGAAGAUGGGAUACAAAGAGCCCCUUGCCAGAGUGUAAAGCACUUCUGUGCAUGUGUGGCUUUCAUUUGUUUUUUGCCAGUCCCCUCAUGCUAUGCUGCACCUUUUUUGUGGAUGUGAGUGGCUGCAGUGGUUAAGGUGGAACACUGGGAGUAGUAUAUUUCAGCUUAGAUUUCAGCGAUUAUAUGAAAGAUGGUAUCACAGGACUUCCAAUACUAUGAAGGAUUAGUUGUGCAGGUUGAUGUCUAUUUAGAUGUUAAUAAGUAAUUUAUUUUUCUUAUCACUUUCUGUAUAAAGAAAUGAGCAGCUAAAACAAUUCACUUUUGCUACAUUUCUGGCGAUCAUUGGAAUAUUUUUGUUCUGUGACUGUUAGCAAAGUUAGCACUGAGUUUCUCUGAGUCAAGACAUAGGCUGCAUUCAGAAGUUUGAUUGAGAUUGAUUAAUGGUGGUAUUUAUGUGCUGCCACCUUCCACUUGCAUGUGGAGCAUAACAGAAGACUUCUGUUUUCAAAAGUCUUCAGUCUAAGUUCAGUUUGUUGCAGUGUCUGAAUGAGCGCACUUAUACAUUGGAACAUUUUACUUUCCCAUAAACUGGGAUUUCUAAAUUGUGGUUUACAAUUCCAAUUCGUAGCAAAGAAACUCUGGUGCUCUGGUGUAGGAAUUUGAAUUUCAUGAUGAAUUUGAGUUAGAUUGAAGAGAAAUAUCUUCAGUUGCACUCAAUUCAUGAUGGUAAGGGUGUGACCAUGAGGUUUGUUGAUAAUAUGCCAAUACAGCCAUAGAUGAUAUUCAAACAGAUGUCAUAAAACAAACUGAAAGAGUUAUAUGUUUACCUAAUUUGCUUACGUUGACUGUUAGAAAACUAUCUAGGAAAAAUGAACUACUCAUCUUUUGGUAUAUUUGCAUUUUCUUAAAUAAUUGUUUGUUGUUCUACAUUUUUAAUAUUUAAUUUAACCUCCAAGUUACUGUCCCCCUAAAUUUAAAAGAAAAUAAAGGAAUGGGGAUUUUUGUUGUU